UUUGUCCCUCUUCCAGUAUCAUUUGCACUACCCUUGUAUGCAUAAUACAAAUUCAAAGAUUGGAAAUAGCACCUUUUUAUGUCCUCUAAAAGCCCCACCCCAUUUCAUUUUCAACUCUUCUUCACCAGCACCUUUCCUAAAGAAUCUAGGGUUUCAAGAUCAUAUUUGCUACCAUACCCAGUUAUUUGAAAUUUCUGGACAAUAAAGGAAGGUAAAAGAUGUGAUAACUUGGAUACAAAAAGUGGGAAAUUUGAAUUCUUUUAAGUGAAAUGGCGACUGAAAGCCCGAUAAGAAUCACGGAAGCAAGGGGACAAUGGGCAUCACAGAGUAAUAUAGGCCCUAAUCGAAGCGGAAGUGCACCUCCAAGCAUGGAAGGUUCAUUAGCAGCAAUCGAAAACCUCAUGUCUAGACAUAAAAUUUCCGCAGAUGUUACCGAGUCCGAAGAACAACUUCGUGCCGAUCCUUCUUAUUUCGCAUAUUAUUCGACCCAUGGCAAUUUGAACCCGAGACUCCCUCCACCCCUACGGAAUGUAGCAACUAUGGGAAAUAAUCCAAGAUUUACGUCGGUUGAUGAUUCGACCCGUUCGACUCAGGGUAAUCUUUCUACUCAUAAGGAAGAAGUCGAUGACGAUGAAUCAACAAAACAGGAAACUUCUCCGCAUAACGUUGAAGCGGAUAAUCAUGAUGGUGGCAAUACGGGACAGGUUUCCAACUCAUCGGAAGAUGAUGUGUCAACUAGUGCUGAUGUGUCAAGUUUAACAAAUGAAAUGGCUGCUAUUAGUAUGUCUAGUAUCCCAAAUACAGAAAGUCAAAGUCAAAGGGAACGACGACCAAGUAUGUUGCACGUUAAUAUCCCACAUCCUCAAAUUGUGUCACAAGGUCAAACUUAUGUAGGGAUGAAUCAAUAUCUUCUAACUCCAUCAAGUUUCUCACCCGAGGUACAACGGGCACUGCAGUCGUCUGGCACUACACCACCGAUAUACGCGUCCGUUUCACCUUAUAUGAUGUCACCAAAUCAUGCUUACACAAAUAUGUACUUUCCUCAACAAUACCAACAAUACGCUGUUGGUGGGUAUGCUUAUAAUCCACCGUACGUGCCAGGGUAUCUCCAUACGGGCCCCGUUCAAAUGCCUUUGGACAUUCCUUUUUCGCCAAGCUAUAUCGGUCAAGGUCAAAGUCAACAUUUGAACAAGUUUUAUGGGCACCCCGGGUUACCGAUUCAACCUCCGUUUUCUGAAAGUUUGCAGCUUUCUACUCGUGGAGAAGACCCGAUACAAAAGCAACAACCGUUAGGAAAUGUAGGUCAUGGUAACUUGAACCCGAGAAGAAUAGAUACUGCAAGUCCUUACUACUUAGGAAGCCCAACCAAUAUGGGUAUUCUACAGUUUCCGAACACAGCGUAUGCUAGUCCACCUGUGCCAGGAUCCCCGAUGGGUGGGGUCGGUUUUCAAAGAAGUGGUACGAGGUCAUACGGUGGAAAUCAGGUUUUCAAAGAUCCAAAAACGUAUUCUUUUCUUGAAGAACUUAAAUCUGGUAAAGGUCGCAGGCUUGAGCUAUCCGAUAUUUUUGGCCACAUUGUUGAAUUCUGUGGUGAUCAACAUGGAAGUCGAUUCAUUCAACAGAAGCUGGAAGUGUGUAGCAACGAGGAUAAGGAAUCUGUAUUUAAGGAAGUUCUUCCUAAUGCUUCUAGAUUAAUCACCGAUGUUUUCGGUAACUAUGUUAUUCAAAAGUUUUUCGAGUAUGGAAGUAGUGAGCAAAGGAGGGAGCUUGCAAACCAGCUUGAAGGUCAAAUAUUGACUUUAAGCUUGCAGAUGUAUGGCUGCCGAGUCAUCCAAAAGGCACUUGAUGUUAUCGAGGUGGAACAAAAAAUCAAGCUUGUUAGUGAACUUGACGGGUAUGUUUUGAAGUGUGUUUGUGAUCAAAACGGAAAUCACGUGAUACAAAAGUGUAUAGAGAGUAUUCCGAUGGAGAGAAUCAAAUUUGUAAUCUCAUCUUUUCGUGGUCAAGUUUCAGCCCUUUCAACACAUCCGUAUGGGUGCCGUGUCAUACAGAGGGUUCUAGAACACUCUACAGAUGAAUUACAAAGCCAAUUUAUAGUCGAUGAGAUAUUGGAAUCCGUUUAUACUCUUGCACAGGACCAGUAUGGCAAUUAUGUAACUCAGCAUGUGUUAAAGAGGGGAAGGCCCGAGGAAAGAAGCCAAAUUGCGCACAAGCUGGCGGGCCAUGUUGUACAACUAAGCCAGCAUAAAUUUGCAUCAAACGUGAUCGAGAAGUGUUUGGAAUACGCUGAUGCUGCAGCAAGGGGAAUCUUGAUUGAAGAAAUCAUCGGCCUUGGUGACAAUAGUGAUAAUUUAUUGGCGAUGGUGAAAGACCAAUUCGCAAAUUAUGUUAUUCAAAAGGUUCUUCAAACGUGUACGGCCGAUCAGAGGGAAGUGUUGCUUGGUAGAAUAAAGCUUCAUCUCAAUUCAUUGAAGAAAUAUACUUACGGAAAACAUAUUGUUACGCGCUUUGAACAAUUGUAUGGCGAAGAACUUCAGGAAGCAGGUUCAUAACCUGCUGCUGAACACAUUGGUUCUGCAUAUGUGCAUGGCGGUUACUGAAACCGAAAAAUGGGACAAAGAUUCAUUUGAAACAUGGAAUUCACAAAAAUGUUGAAGUGCCAGUCGGCGUGUAUAGAACAUGUUUGAACAAUCGUGGUGCAUAGAACGUAGAAUAGCGAUCUGUGCUUGUAAAUUCGUGAACCUAUUUGUCCAAGUGUGUUGUGAUUUGAACAUCUGGUUUAGUUAGGAGCCCACUCAUGUACGGUCUUCCAUCUCAAGAUUAUUGUUGAAAUAAAUACUUGACAUAGAUAUCAAUCUCCUUGCUAUGAA